AUGCCGGCCAAGAAAAAGAGCUGUUUUCAGAUCACAAGUGUGACUCAGGCCCAAGUGGCGGCCGUGGGUGCCGCCGACGACACCGAGAGUCUGGACGACCCGGACGAGUCGCGGACCGAAGACGUGUCGUCGGAGAUCUACGACAUGUCACGGGCCGAGCACGAGCCCGCUUGUGACAGGAGUUCGUCGGAGGAAGCCCUGAAUAACGUCGGCGAGCCGGCGGAGGCGGGCGGUGUCACGCUGCCGUCCGGCGUACCUCCGGCCGGUCAGCUGCCCGCGCCGUUAGGCAACCCGGUCGGGGAAUUACGAAAAGUGGGAGUGUCCGGCCCGAGCCAAAGUGGCCAGCAGCCGCCGGGGAUUGGCGUCACAUCUGGCUUACCCCCUGUCACUCAGCCCGGAGGAAUACAGCCACAGCCUCCCCCCGUCGCGGCCAGCACGGGGCCUGCCGGUCUGUCCCUCAACGCCUCCCACCCGGCUGCACCGCCUGCCACCUCCACGGUGAGCUGCUCUUCACGUUUCAGGGUCAUUAAACUUGAUCACGGUACUGGAGAACCCUUUCGGCGAGGAAGGUGGACGUGUACAGAGUUUUACGAGAAAGACUCGGACGCCUCCCUAUCUGGUAGGACUGUAGAUAGCAUAAGACACGCCAGUGUGACUCUGGACCCCGCUGCGGACAGAGACAGCGGGCUCGGGCUGACUGGAGGCUCGGUGGUUUCCCCGGCAACGCACUCCAGUCUGGGUUUGGGCUCCGCGGCGGAGGCCUCGCACUCCUCGGCCCGCGUGCACCCGGGGGAGACGCUACCGCAGCAGCAAAUCCUCCAGCAGGGCUACGGCGGCGGGACCUCGGCCACGCACGGCUCUUUCUCCGGCGUCCAACCCACCGGCCCCGGCCCGGCCCCCUCGGCGGUCGGCGGCCCGCAGCCGCCCGCCGGGCAGAACGUGCUGCCUGUGGGGCAGAACGGCCUGCCUCAGCCGGGCGUCCACAUGCAGAAGUCCCCCGUCAUGCCCCCGUCGGCUCAGCCCGUGGCGUACCAUCCUCAGCAGCAGGGUCCCGUGGGCCACCACCUGACCGGCCAGUCGUCUGGACCGAUCCAGAGCCAGACUGAGUAUUAUCAGCAGCAGCAGCAGCAGUCUACGCCCAUGCCGCCAGCCCAUGCCACUGGCCAGUCCCUCCCCGGAGUGCCUCAAGCCGCUGGACAAGGCCCCGCCGCGGCCAUGCCUCCAGCUCCCGGAGCGGCCUCUGUGCCGGGUCAGGGCGCGGACGCUCCCGGAGCAGGAGGGGGGGCCGCAUCUGCGGGGCUGGCGGCUCCAGCUGUGUUGCAGCAACAGACUGUGGGGCUGGGGGGCACCGGAGGCUCCAUUAUGGUCGGCGGGUCCACGCUUCCGCAGCCGCCCGCGAGUCAGUAUGCGGCCGCCGGACAGCCCCAUCCCCUCGGCCACCCCGCGGCCUCUGGCGUGCAAACCGUGCCCGCCAUCGCAGUGAGUUCCAGCGUGUCCACCAACGUGCCCGCUGCCGUGCCCACUGCUGUGCCCAGUGCCUCCAGUGCAGCCAUGCCAAACGCCACAAGCUCCGGCUUGCCCCCGGGGCAUAUAAGCCACAGCAGGACUCCGGUGGCUUUGGGGAUGCAGGGCCUCCCGAUGACAGGAUUUGGACUGAUGGAGGGGAUGCAGUCUCCGAUCAUCUCCGGCAGGGAGCUGGUGAAGCCCUUCAUGCCUGAGAGCCUGCAGCUCACCACCCCAACUGUCAACAGCCUCUUCGGAAUCCACAUACCCGUCGACGGGGAGGAGGACAGGCCUGAUUAUAUGUUUGACCGAGAUGAACGCGUUGAAGCCUCACCACUCUAUGUUAACUCGCGAGGGGACCCAGCUCCCAUGCUGAUAAGGGCCAGGAGCUCUUUUGACAGCCCGCAGCCCUAUCAGACACUGAGCAGUGGUCUUUCCACGGCGCCCCAUUCUGCUGAUAAGGGACCUGACAGUGGGGAGUGGGGUGUGUCGGCCGGCUUUGCCCGUUGUCAUGUCGCUCCUUUCUUUGGCCACUCGGGCUCUGGCCGCGCUAUUGUACGCGCGUCGGGGGUGACGUCCAAGGCCCGGGGGACGGGAGGAGUCCAGGUCUGCGACGGAGUCUCUGCCACUGGACUGGACUGGAGGAAAAGGGGGUUUCGUGAGCCCGGGGCUCAUGGAGGAGACUGCUCUUUGCCUCUGCUCAACCUCGCUGGUUUUCACAAAGAGAGGCUUUCAUCGACGGUUAUGGACUCGUUGUGUUUCGGCCUCACAAAGAGGGCCAUUGAGGAAGGCCGAACCUUCGCCCCUCGCAAACGGGGGAGCGACGGCUCGGGCUCCAGCCCCGUUCGCCGAGACGGACCCGCAGUCCUCCUAUCGGGUCGGACACCAGCCGUGUGCGAUGCGGAUGAGAAGGAAGAGCCCCCCCCCCCCCCGGGGAGGAGUGCGUCCAGCGGCGUCCAGCGAGAGGGGGCUCAGCAUUUAAGCCGGCCCCUCGGAGGGGGCUUCGACACGCUGUAUUCGAACCCCUCCACGGCUUUCUACCAGGCCUUCCAGUAUGGAAGCAGAUUAAGAGACUCAAAGGCCCACAGUGAUAGCAACGCUUUCUGUUUUCCUCACUUUGAUAAGUCCCAGUCGCAAAUAGAAGGGAAGGUCCAACAAGGCCAGCAGCCUCUGAGCUCCGGCGUUCCACGCAUUAGCAGCCCCCCGAAAAGAGCCCGAUUCGGCUCGGCGUCAGAAGCCGAAAACGGUUGUCUCACUCCACCUCUCCACCCAAACCAGCUGGAGGGGAAGUCUCCAGGGGGGGGGGGGGAAGCGUCAUGUCCCCCCCCGAGUGAGCCAGAACGAGGGAACAACCGUGCCGCGUCACUUUUAAAGUCGGAACAGACGGAGGGCGUGAUGGCUGAAAAUGAACUACCAAUGGUUUUAGGCCCAGCUACUCCCGACCCCGACAUAUUCAUUGUGGAGAUUCAUCUUUUGCGCCACCGGCGAGGCAGCGAGGGCGUGACCCUCGCGUCCGUACAGAGUCUGCGUUUUAUAGAGCGAGAGAUUCCUCCCAGGCCCCAGCGAGGCGUCGGCGCCAUGCGGUGCCCGCUCUCGGUCACUCGGUCGGCUUGUCCCGGGGACCCGAGCCGGCGCGUGAGCUCGAACGGCCGCGUCUACCGCACGUGCGGCAGUGCCUCUGGAACCAACAUUGUUGCCAUUGACAAUAAGAUUGAACAGGCAAUGGACCUGGUGAAAAGCCAUCUGAUGUAUGCAGUGCGCGAAGAGGUGGAGGUCUUAAAGGAGCAGAUCAAGGAGCUAUACGAGAGGAACUCUGUGCUCGAGAGGGAGAACGCCGUGUUGAAAUCCCUGGCCAACAGCGAGCAGCUGUCUCAGCUGUCCACCCAGUCGGCCGCCACGCCUCCGCAGCAAGGACUCAACCAGCCUCAGCCUCAGCAGCAGCAGCAGCAGCAGCACCCCCAACCUCAACCGCAACCCCAGCCCCAGCUCCAGCUCCAGCACCACCCUAAACCCCAGCAGCUCCAGACUCAGCCUCAGCUCGACCCCGGCAAACAGCUGCAGCCCAACGUCACCUCGGCUUGAAGUGCACCUGCCCUGCUUUGCUCAGGGCAGUCUAAAAAGAAAAAAGAAAGAAAAAACUAAAGAAAAAAAAGAAAAAGAAGAGCAUUCUUGUACAACUUAUUAUAAUUAGUGUAUGUGAAAAUUAAAAGGAAGAAAAAACUUUGUCUUCUUAGCCACCAGCUUGACCACAAAAAAAGUACAGUGCUUGUGAAUGUGUGCGUCAGGGUGAGUUAGCCAGCGAGACUGUGAAAAAGCGUCCGAGUGUCUGUGUGCAUCUGUACCGUGGGCCUUUCCAGUGUUAAUGCAAUCAUCCAGAGAGCGGGAGGGAGGGAGGCAGAGGGGGAACUUCAGGACGGGUCGAGGCGGGUUCUCGUUUUACACCUCGCUGUGGUCAGCUGUCAGCUCCGGUCUCGUGAAAAAACGCCAUCUUUCAUCCACCCAGAGGAGGAUCUCCCUGACCUCACAGCCCCCCGUCCCAAAAGCAAUUUGCAGAAACCAGCGGAGUUAAGGAGAAGCGGGGGUAUUGAUUGUCAAAAGAGCGAAUAUUUUUUUUAAAAACAGGACACAGAGUGAGUUAAAAAAAAAAAAAGGGGGGGGGGGAUAUUUUUAGCCUUGCUGUUCCACCUUGUAAAAUAAGAACCGGAAGUUGUUUUUGUUUUUUGUUUUCUUUGUUUUUUACUGAGCCCACACCGCUGCCGUUACUUUUACAUCGAGUCCAACUCUUGCAAACAGUCUUCAAAGUUCUACUGUUCUCGUGUUUAAUUUAUUACCGGGCUGCUAUUUUUCAGAAAUGAACAAUGUCAAAGAAACCUGUCAAAACAGUAGCCCGUCGACGCGUUUCGUUUUCUUUUUUCUGUUCUUUUUUUCCCCCCACUUACGUCGACCGCACUUCCCUGGCACCGCUUUGUGUAAAAUAACAAACAAACAGUGUACAAAAACUAAACAAAUUCUGACAAAUGUUGAACACUAACGCUGAUUUUACGCUGAAAUUGCCACCUGACGGCACGAGCUCGAUUGAAUGUAAACUCCCGCGCGGUGUGAAGUAUUACAGCCACUCUGCACCUGCUAUCAAGCGUUAAUGUGAGUCUCCAGCCGGAAAUAAGAAAUAAAAGUCGAUUAGUUCCUUUUAAAAUGAAUUGGUAUUGCCAUUCCCUCCUCCUCAUUGCAUUUCCCUCCCACCAUUGUUUCAGCAGAGGAGGGGUUAGUCUAGGGGGGGGGGGGGGAGCUGUGAAAUCAUCCAAUGUAUGUCAACCAAAGAUGCAAAGCUGUGUAAAUUAUUUUGAAAUGCACAUUUUUCUUUUGUUACUUCCUCCUUCACAACAUUUUUUUUGUGUUGCUGUUCAGCAUGUUUCUGCAUGAUCUGUAAUCUUCAAACCACUUUCUUACCUCAUUUUUAUUCAGCACUCUUAUUGUAAGAUAGUCUGUGAACAGUGUAAAUGGGGCUGUGGGGGGGGGGGG